AUGUCUGGAAGCGAAGUCUCUGCUGUGCAUCGCGCAUUCAGCAACCUGUUGACCACUUUGACACCUGAACAGGUCCAGAAGUUUAUGGAAGAGAUGAACGCAUCUGCAACUACCACUCCGAGCCUCUCUGAAAGCGUCAACUCGACUCAAAACACGAGUGUCUCUACCUCAAAAACCUCUACCACUGCCAUGGCAACUCCUGAGCCAAUUGAAACUACGACUCGCCCUGCUUCGCGCAAGCGUACUCGAGAGAAUACAAAAUUAAGACCUUUGAACUCAUUCAUUGCAUUCCGAAGUUUCUACUCUGCAGCAUUUCCCGAUCUUUCUCAGAAAGUCAAGUCUGGACUGCUUCGAACUCUAUGGGGUUCUGAUCCUUUUAAAGCAAAGUGGGCAAUCGUGGCCAAGGCGUACUCCGUCAUUCGCGAUAAGCAUAUAGGACAGGUCACUCUCGAGUCCUUUCUUACAUUGAUUGUGCCUUUCAUUGGAAUUGUUUCUGUUGCAAACUAUCUCAACGCCAUGGGUUUACAGGUUGUCUCGACUGAGGACAAGCAGUUUUCCCUCCUCAAAACCAAUCCCAAUGCACACAUCAACCCGAUUGACCUGACUACAAACCUCUCUGUCGAUGAUGUUGUCCACUAUUGCUACCAGGCUGGUUACGUUUCUGGUGUUCACUUGGAAAACACGGCUGGUAACCAAGUUGCAGCAGUUUCUAUGGCAGUUUCAGCGCAGUUAACUCCCAAAAUUGAGACUACUGAGACCACAACUGCUCCUAAAGCUGCGUUAGGUGGAUCGCCCACAUCACAAGAAGCUGGAGUUCGUGAUGCGGCCUCAAACACAAACCACUUGAACGGAAAUGGAACUCCACAAGAACGCCAGCUCGCCAUGUCCAGUGCCCCGACCAACGACAAUGUUAGUACCCCUCAUUCUAUGAACAACACUACCAUUGCUACUGCGGCUUCCCUCGACAACACAAGAAACACCGGCCCUUACACUGCCGCAGACUUUGAGGGAGAGUUGCGUCGUGCCAUGAAUGGAUUCUCAUACAGUGCCAAUGACGGUUACUAUGAGCUUUUCAACCCUAACCUUCAACUGAAAUCCAAAAAUAUUGCAAUUUUGACCACAUUGUUCUCCCAUGGCGACCACUUCUCGAACCUGAACAAGCUGCUGAAAGUGCACAGCAUCCAGCCGGUGGUGUCUGACUUCUGCCACGAACCGCUGACGCUUUCCGGCAAGGUCGAGAUACCCGAACUGGAAGGUGAAUUCAAGGACGAGAGCGACCAGCCGAGAGACGCCCACCGCAGCAUCUUCCACAGCUACAUCAGCCUGCUGGAAGACGAAGCGAACUUCCAGCUCCUCAAACAGAUGAGCGCCCAUGGACCGGAGACCGUCUACCGCAGCGCCUUCCGCGAGUACUUUACUGGAGAAGUGACCAAUAUGAUGGAGACGUACUGGCGUCCUGACCCCAAAGGCCGACUGAUCCGACACCAGGCCCACGAGCUGUGCUAUCAAGCUAUCAACGAGAUUACAUUCCUGGGAACAGCGGAGAGGAACAUGCUUAUCCGGACCACUGGCUGUUUUCCAGAGGACACCAUGGCGUUCUGGACGAGCAUGACGAAGAAACGACUGACGUAUCUGACGAUGAAGGAGAUGGCUGGCAUACUGGAGGCAACGAAGGUCCAGACAGAGGUCGAGGAAGAGACAGAUAUUGACGAGAUGGACAUAGACAUGGAAGGAGAGCUUGACUUUGACGGACAUGGAGUAGCAUAA